UGCAUAUCAAGCUCGAAACUUUUUUCUUUGUCUACCACCCAACUUUUUUUUUUUUUCUUGUGUGACUGGGUGUGCUUCUCCUCUGUAACACGAGAGCCACAUGACCAAUAGGAAGACAAACAGUGUGGAAGUUUGGGUAUUUCUUCCGUAAACUUUGGAAGUUUUGCUGUGUCGUAAGAGAAGCGAGGGAGAAGGUCACAGUCCAACAACACUGAAACAGAACUAAUCAGUCUGAGACACAGCAGCAACAAUGGCAGAACUACAGAGGCUCGUAUCAGAGAAGAAGGAUAUGGUGGAAACUGUGAUGGAAGUGUUUGAACAGGGAGCCGAAGUGGUUGCGAGUAUCGCCGGCGACCUUUUCCCAGUUUUCGCCAUCGCCGCUCCGAUCGUUAAACUGGCUCUGGACAAUGUAGAAAGUAAAGAGGCUACAUACAUGAAGGAGCAGUUUCAGAGGGUGCGAGACCGCCUGGAGGUGGUCUCAGAGGAGAUUCAGCGGAUCAACGACGAGAUUAAGAGAAGCGGAUUGGAUGCUGUGUAUUUCCCAAUUGAGGAGAACAUCACCAACCAGUUCAGAAAGUACAUGGACAUCCUCAACGCCAAACCAAAGUUUCGGGAGGUCAAGAAGAAGCUAUUCCUGGACCACUUUGGCAAAACCGGCGGUGACAAAAACCUUAACACGCUGUACAACUCUGUGACAGGAGAUAACUUCUCCGGGGAAUCGGUGCUGGAGAUCACCCUGAACUACGAGGAGAAAAGUCGCCGGCCGGUGGAGGACUUCUGUGCCCGACUGAAGAAGCUCUUCUGUAUCGGGCUCAUCGCUCUGCUGGGCCACGCCGCUCUGAAGGGAUACGACGAGGAGGAUGCACUCUUGAAGGAAUGGGGCGAGAAGAUGAAGGUUGUCCAGGAGAAAAUGAACGCUGUCAUUUUGGACUGCAUUGAAAGCUUCCCCAAGCAAGCGGAGCUGGAUUCCCGUCGACUGGUGAGAGACCAUCCAGAGUUGACCAACCAGCAGCUUGCCGAUACUAUCAUAGAGAAGCUGAAGAAGAAGUAUGACUGGGUGGGGUGGUCUGUGCGUAUAUUCAGGUCCCCCUCAGGCCUAUUAAACAAAAAGAAGAAUUUCCACUGCCCGACUGGGAAGAGUCGCUUCCAGGUCCCUUCAUCGGACGAGAAACUGAACAUCUGGGUGUCCUACUGCUCCUCGCCCGAGCCUGUGGAUAAGAAUCGAAUCCAGCAGCUUGUCCAGGGCCAGAAGAGACUCUCGGUGGUGAGUCUGGCUGAGGUUUUGUUUGAGAAUUUGCCCGGCGACUGCGUGGUCCAUACAGUCAAAAUCAGCAAAGAUCUGGCCUGCUCCUGGAGCUUCACGGACGAGCUCCACUACUGGGAGGAGCAUAAGCCCCUUUACGUCUGCAUUCACUCAGCUUGAAGUUUGAGACUGAAAAACUCUCAAAAAUCACUUCCUUAAUGUUUGUAGGAUUCUUCAUAUUUACACAGAUAAUCACAGUCUAUCAUUGCCUCUAUACUCGGCCUUGGCAUUUUACACAGUGUGUUCCUUAAUUUCAUCUCUCUAAUAGUCUCUUUCUCACCUGAAUUUUUACAGUAUGAUUCUUGCAUUAGUGGGAAUACAUUAAGUCAAGAUAAAUGUAUCUAUCAAGCCCAAUUUCUGAACAUAUCCUCUUGGAGAAUCACAGUCACUGACACCCUAGAUUAAAAAAGAUCCUCAGUUGUGAUAAGGAAAAACUCACCCCUUCCCAAAAAAUAUAACGGGGGACAUAAUGGAAGAAGCCUCAGGAUAAGUAGCAGAGGAGUGAUCCCUCUCUAAUGUCGGGGAGACAGGCAUUAGAUGUGUUUUGUACUGACCAUUGAAUGUACGUAAAUAUGGAUGUAUUCUCGGUGACCCCAACCAUUGGUUUCUGUGGAGGCAUUAUGAAGCCAACUGCGCCAUCAAUCGCCAUAUUGGAAGUGCUAUCUCAACCUAGCUUUUGAUCAAUCUAGAAGCAAGUAAAGAGGUAGAGCUGAGGCGGGCUUUCAGCCUCCUGGCAAACAGCUACUACAGGCCCUUUUGUCACUCAUUUCUCAAUUUAUGAAUAAUUCUUGGUCUUAAAAAAAUUUAAUUGGAUGACUUCUAAGAAAAAUUCAUCACCCCCUGAAGAGUUUCUACCAUUAAAAAAACAGGAAAUAUGUACAGGAAAUUUAUACCAAAUAGAUUUUUUUUGUACCAGACACUAAACGUGUUCAUAUCUCCUGUAAAAAUUUGGGAUUCUUUGGCUUUUGCAGUAAGCUCAAGUGGACACUCAGAUGUUUGCACUUCAUCACUGGCUUAAGUUUUCAUCAACGGAGGUUGUGCGUGAUACAGAUACAAUGAAGCUCUAUAAAAUAGAUUCUUAAACUGACAAUAAUGAGCUUUCUGCUCUAAACAGAUGGCUUUUUUUCUCUCACAACACAUAUGAACGUACCACUUUGACAAGUCUGUAUUGAUUCCCAUGUACCUCUAUUUUGUAGAAACUGGUAAAUAGUCAACAUAAAAUUGUUCAAGUUGACAAUGCUGAGAAAUUCUGCUAAAAGAUCAACAACUGAAUUUCAUACUGGUGGGUUUGUUUUCGUAGAGUGGGACAUGCUGGGAAAGUUGUUGAAGUAGACUCCAGCUGUCAGACAGAUAAUAUUCUGCUGGUCGAGAUAAGCAGUGACCUCAGCCUUGGGAGGACUCAAAGCCAUGAGAGAAAAUGUCUGCAGACAUUUACAGAGACUGUAAAAUACAUAAUGUCGGUUUCAUUUUAUAACAACCUGCGAGAAAUAGUCAAAAAUGUUGCUGCCUGCUGCACAGUCGAACAGAAAGUAGGAGAAAGCACAAAAGAAAAAGGCCUAACACAAAGUUGCUGUAGUGAACUGAAACUUUAUUUGCACAUCCUGAUCAUGCUGUGAACAUGCUAAGGCUAAGUGACAGCAACUCUUUGUUUACUUACCGAUAACGAGCACAGCUAUUCUCUUUUGACCUGUGUGGUUGUGUAACACAAACUGGAAUGUUUAACCUGCUCAAAACCUUCAUCUCUACUUAUUAUGGGCUUUUAAAUGAAGGUUUACUUUCAUAUAGCGAUAGACAGUUUUUGGAAAAUGUAGGUCUUGGGUUGGUUCUUUCAUUUUUGUUUUUUUGUUAUAUUUUUGGGACAUCACCUUUAUUCAGCUGAAGAGAGACAGGAAAUGUUGGGAGUAGAGAGUGUGGGAUGACACAGAGCAAAUCGCCAAGUCGGAUUCGAACCCAUGGCCGUUGCGACGAGGACCACAGCCUCAGUACAUGGGGUGCUUGACAUAACUGCCGCCAGUGCCC